AUGGGAGCAGGCUCGGGUCUGAGGCCAGUUGGGCUCGGGCACGGCUUGGGGGCAGGGCCUGCAUUUGGGCAAAGCCAUUGCCCCUCGCACGGAGAGUCCAUGGCAGCCCCGGGCCCGACACGGAGGCGCGCGCCGGGCAACCGCAAGGAGAGGAGACGCACUCAGAGCAUCAACCUCGCCUUCUCGGAGCUGAGGGAGCGCAUCCCCAGCGUCCCCGCCGACACGAAACUCUCCAAGAUCAAGACGCUGCGUCUCGCCGCACGCUACAUCUCGCACCUCAUGGGGGUCCUGGCCCGGGACCCCUCUGAGACCCCUGAGCACGGCCACCCCGCGGGGGCGUGCACAGCGGAUGGAGACGACGCGGAGCUGAGCGGAGAACGCAGGAGCCGUGGUCGCACGGGGUGGCCGCAGAGAGUCUGGGAACUCGAGAUGCAGAACUGAGACCUCUGCUGCCACGCUUGGGAGAGGCUGUCGCGACUACAGGAAGCGUGUUCCGAUUUACUAUUAAUUUAUUGCAAAGCGUGCACUUAUACGAAACUUAUAUGAAACGAAACAUAUUAAGGGACUGAGUUGGCAGUGUUUCCCAAGCACAAUCCAACAAAAAGAAUCACGUUCCUAAUCAACACCUCUAUAUAUAUACACAGCAAUCUGACGUUUCAGGCGACAACCCUGCUUUAGAACAGAGAUACUGACUUAUAGUAUGAGAUAACACUUCAUUUACAAUGCGGUGCCCUGCGAGCGUUCUGCUCUGAAGAAGGGGACAUGGCCUGAAACGUCAGCCUAUUAUUUAUGGUUUCAUUUGGUCUGCUAUUCAUCUUGUGUUGGGAUUAUAUUGAGACGUUUUGUGUUCCGUUUAUCUCGCAGAAACGUGCAACUGCACUCCCCGCAGUAUCUAUAGAAUAGAAUCUGUGCUGUAUGUAUAUACAUCUUGCCUAUGACCAAAUUAACCAGAUCUCAGCAAGGAGCUCAGCAGCUUUGAUCCUGGCGCUAAAGCGCUUGGAUGGGUGACCACCAGGUGUUCAACAAUUACCGUAGGCUGCUGAUGUGCGGGGCUACGCUGUCGGCAGACGGCAGUGUGGUAAAAACAUAUUGUUGUACUGUACUAUGUUUCCAAGUCUAUGCUCCCCGCCUUCACCAAACUGCACUAACAGCGUGGUGAAGUAUGGUCAGCUAACAUCCACGACCCACAACGUUGUUAGUGGGGAGGCUCUCAUCCCUCCAGUGCAUUAGAAAAGAGCUGUUUUUAGGACACAUACAGUAUACAUCUGACACUCUAAUACUGUACUCUUCAUUUACACGGACGUUCCCGAGACAUGCGAUCAUUAACAAAUAAGCAUUAAUUUCGACCGAACAUUUUCCGUUGGGCUAUCACCGAGCUAACACCGAUAUCUAUAAAGAAGCAUAGAAUGAGAGAGAGAAAAACACCCCGCCAUGUGAAUCGCUUUAUCAGAAUUCUCUCCCCGAACCGGCCCGUACGGCUGUCUGGCGACUUCAUUAUCCUGUGUGGCUCAAAAUGACUUCGAGAACAACGUUCAAGUUGUCCUCGGGUACCACGUUAUUGACGGAUCAUCGCACAUGUUCAUCGGUUGUCCUCCAUGCAGCCCCAGGUUUAAAUGCGCCGUUGCAGAUCGUUUGUGUAAUAUCAUCAUUAUUUAUUUAUUUAAGUCAGAAACGUUCUUUUCGUUUUUUUUUAAACAAAGUAUAAUUUAUUAAAGCAUUUUAUUUAUUGCAGCCGUAUAAAUGUUCUCUCUUACAUUUGCAGAUAUUGCAUAUAUUAUACUUUGACGUUUUAAUUCACAAGUAUAAACUCGUAGGGACAAUGAAAAUUGUUCAAAUUGUGUAUGAAACGCGCAAUGACACCCAUUUAAAUCGGUUGUAUUAAUCGGGCUUUAAUGCGGUAAUGUAGCCUAAGCGAUAGAUGCUCGCCAACGGCACUUGCCCCAAGAGUCUGUGAAGGCUAUACGGGGGAUCUUUGUCUUUGUUUAAGCGACGAUUCGCCGCUCGCUGCGGUUCUGACGCUCCCUUCCGAGCCCGCGCCCAGCCACGACCGCGACCUCCACUUGCGCACAUGUUCUGUCGCACGUGGGACCAGUUUACCGUGUACCCAUCAUCGGGUACGGGCAGCGUGUAGAUCACAACUUGAGUUUCGAUUUAAAGCUUUCGUGACUGCAGGGAUUCAUCUUCUUGGUUCUUUCGGUAAAGUCACGUAGAAGGGAAAUAAUAAAAAUAAAACGUAAUAAAAUACAAUUCUCACGACGUUUCGGCCACAACGCAAGCAGCCGUCCUCAGGUGAAGAACAGGUCUGUCGGA